AAUGCAGGGGGAGUACGUCUCCAAGCCCGUGCUGCAAGUCAUCAAUACACGGGCUAUUGCUACAGGAAAUGGGCCACCGCGUUACCGGGUGUUGAUGAGCGAUGGGGUUAACACACUUUCCUCAUUCAUGUUGGCAACACAGCUGAACUCUCUGGUGGAAGAGGAACGCUUAUCAGCCCAAUGCAUUUGCCAGGUUAACAGAUUCAUUGUCAACAGCCUGAAAGAUGGAAGGAGAGUGGUUAUCCUGAUGGAUGUCAAUGUUCUGAAAACUGCUGAUAAGGUUGGUGGGAAUAUUGGCAAUCCGGUGCCAUACAAUGAAGGGCAAGGGCAGCAACGUUCUUCAGCUCCAGCAACAAACCCAGCACCCAGCAAACCACAGCAACAAAAUGACAAUUUGUCAGCAGCAGGUCCUGCUGCUCCGAAGUACCAUGCUCCCUCAAACCAGUUUGGGAAAGCGAGCGCUCCCAGCUCAGUGAAGACACCAGGGGGAUCGCAGGCCAAAGUAGUGCCGAUUACCAGCUUGAACCCGUACCAAUCUAAGUGGACCAUUUGUGCUCGUGUUACCCAAAAAGGCCAGAUCCGCACGUGGAGCAACUCCCGCGGUGAAGGAAAGCUCUUUUCUAUAGAGCUAGUUGAUGAAAGCGGAGAAAUUAGAGCUACUGCAUUCAAUGAUCAAGCAGACAAGUUCUUUCCACUGAUUGAAUUGAACAAGGUAUAUUAUUUUACCAAAGGCAAUUUGAAGACUGCUAACAAGCAAUAUACAACUAUUAAGAAUGACUAUGAGAUGACAUUCACUAAUGAGACUUCAGUUGUGCCCUGUGAUGAUGCCCAGCACCUUCCAUCUGUUCAGUUUGACUUUGUAUCCAUCUCGGACUUGGAGAACACACCCAAAGACUCACUUGUUGAUGUAAUCGGAAUUUGUAAGAGCUAUGAUGAUGUCACUAAAAUUACAGUGAAAGCUAACAACAGGGAGGUAUCGAAGAGGAACGUGCAUCUGAUGGAUACAUCAGGGAAACUGGUGACAGCUACCCUAUGGGGAAACGAGGCUGAACAGUUUGAUGGUUCUAGACAACCUGUGGUAGCCAUCAAAGGAGCCCGAGUCUCUGAUUUUGGUGGCAGAAGCCUGUCUGUCCUGUCCUCGAGUACAGUUGUCAUCAACCCCGACAGCCCAGAGGCUUUUAAGCUCCGAGGAUGGUUUGACUCUGAGGGGCAGCUUCUGGAAUGUGCCUCCAUCUCUGAUGUGAGGGGUGGGCCAAUAUCUGGGGUGAAUACCAACUGGAAAACUUUGUUUGAAGCCAAAGCUGAGAACUUGGGACAUGGAGAUAAGGCGGAUUAUUUCAGUUGUGUGGCCACGAUUGUACAUCUGCGCAAAGAGAACUGCAUGUACCAGGCAUGUCCCUCUCAGAAUUGCAAUAAGAAAGUGAUAGACCUGCAGAACGGCCUGUAUCGCUGCGAAAAGUGUGACCGUGAGUUCCCCAACUUCACCUACCGCCUGCUGCUUCUGGUGACCAUUGCAGACUGUCUAGAGUAUCAGUGGGUGACUUGUUUCCAAGAGACAGCAGAAUUCAUUCUUGGGCAUAACGCAGCUUUCCUGGGAGAACUGAAGGAAAAGUUCAUCCCCUCUGCUAUCCUUAUCUCAUCCCAAGUAAAUAACCUAAAUGAUCAGAUCAGCACUUUCCAGAAUGGAAAGUCUCUGCUUCCCAGGGAGAAUGAUGGCCACAAGGAGCUAUCCGCACCCUUAUCAACACCAACAACAAAGGAGGACUCUGAAGUUGCAGAGAAAAAAGGAGUUGCUCUUUAUAGGACCUAA